AUGGAGUUGGAUAGUGGCGCCGCUCACCCGACGCUGGGCGCCGCAACGCCGACGCCGUCCUCGGCGGACUUCCCCCUGUACUUCAACAUGGGCCGUGGCCUCACCUUCUCUUUUGACAAGAAGGACUUCGCCGUGCUGCGCGCCACGAAAAAAGACUUCAACGAGCCUUGCUUCGCAGUCGCGCUCAAGAUCGGGCCGCUUCCCGGGGUCCACUGCAGCGUCGUCGUGGUUCUUCGGCCCGGCGACUUGCUGAAGGCCGUCGACGUCGACAGCGAGACCUCGUUCCGCCACCUGGACCCGAAGACUGCAAACCGGCUGCAUUCGUCUGAGGCGCUCGCCGUGCUGAGAGAGCGCGGAGCCCUGCUCAAGUCACGUGCACUGGCGAGCGCUGAGAACCCGAUGGUUCAGGGGUUGAGGGCACUCAAAUCGGCGCUAGUGGAAUACAUCAAGAGAUGCGUUGCUGAGAGGCGGUCGGCGCCGGCCAAUCACCCUACUGGGCCAAGUACCACCCCCCUCGACGACGACGGAAUCGAAACUAAGACGGCGUCUCAAGCUGGCGUGGAUCGCCCGUCGUAUUCCGGCGCGCACGACACUAGAACUAGCGGUCAUGUUGGCGGCGGUGGCGAGGCCGACUUGGUAGGAGGAGAGGAGCGGAGGGCAGGGUCCGUUGAGGAGUCAUCUACUGACUCAGAGUCAAAGUCGGGAUCCGAGGAGGAGGAGGAUGAAGAGGAGGAGGAGGAGCGUGCAGGGAAGAAGGCUGUUGGUGCUGAGGCGGACACAGACGCCGACCACGGUGCUGGUCGUGACCCGACGUCGACCGGCGGGACAGGCGCAACUGCAGCGUCGGCUGGGGACAAGCCUCGUAGGAAGGCGCCGGUGCAUGGUCAGCCUGCGUCGACCACAUCUUCAAAGUCGGCGUUUGCAGCCGCACUUGCUCACGUGAAGCGACUGGAAGAGGAGAACAGGAAACUGAGGGACGAGAAUGCGGGGCUGCGGUCGGAUCUGGUUACCGAGAGGGGUCGGACGGAGGGGUUGUUGGCGACGGCGGCUGAGUGCCUCGCGGCUGUCAAGUCGCUUACCGAACGCGUCGCUGCCGCCGAGCAGACCGCGGGGACACACAUCUCCACAGCCACAGCAGCCAUGACCGGCGUCUUCACCAAGGUGCUGGACGAUCGGGUUGCUCUGGUCAAGGCGUGCAGCAGCAUGGCGACGCCGUUGUUGGGGGAAAGCACAAAGGGCUUGGACAAGCUGGCCGUCGCCCGCCGUGAUGCCGACGUGCGGUUGGGGAACCACGUGACCAGCGUGGGGGAUAACGUUAAGGCGGUGUUGGCCGAUUACAUCCAGACCAAGUUAGCCUCAACUUCCACCAACAUCGUCGGCGGCUUAUCCCGCAGCAUCGCGCCGCCCCCGCCCGGUCCAUCCCCCGCGCUGCCUGAAGAAGUCAUCAAAGCAAUGAGGGAUGACAUUGUUCAGGCGGUAACCGCCGUCACGCAGCAGGCGCUGGGAACCGUCGGCUUCACGCUUCUGCCCAACGUGCUUGCUACAAUGAGGCUAGGGCGGCGUGGUUCGUCCCCGUCGGCCGGCGACCUGGAGACCGCGCAAAGGCAAAGGCCGGAAAAAAGGGCUGGCAGCGGAAGUGCAGCCGACGGCGACAACGCGGGAAAUUCGAAGCGGAGUAAAGGUGUUGGUGGGGAGCGAGCAGUCGGCGGCGACGUUCCAGAUCGUGCCCAGUCCGGUUCUCCCGUCCUCGACAUGCUGAGGAGAAAAGGGGCGACAACUCGGCUCCUUGGCCCGCAAAGUAGAGGCGGAGCCGGCGGCAGCUCGGAGGGCAGGACUGCCGCCGAGGAGGGUGUGCGAGCCGGCGGGUCUUCCACUCACGGCGGUGGAAGGAAAGGUCCGGAGAUUCCACGUCCUGGAGCAAGCGAGGUAGCACCACCGCCGUCCGAUCGUGGUAACGUAGCCGUUGAAUCGGUUGAAGUGCAGGCCGACGCGGCGAUACCUACCAUCAACACGGCGACCGGUGCCAGUACCAACGCCGGGUUGUUCCCGACAGGCGCUGAUCGCGGGCCGCCAUUCGAAGUUGAGGCUCCGUCAAUCGGCGAUCAGACUCACCAGGCUCCUGUGGUCGGCGUGGGGGGGGACACGGACGCCCUCGGCGUGGAGGACACGGGCGAUCUCGGCGUGGAGGAUGAUCCCGUGGCGAGAGCGUUGAUGGAGGAGCUUCUUGCUUUUCAGGCGCCAUCGCAGCAGCAGCCCGUCGCCAUCGACAACGCUGCUGUCCCAACAACUCGCGGGGGGGCGCAACCUGUCGCCGGUACAGCACCAACAGCCCCGGUCUCGGUCGAUGUCAACGCGCGACACACGGCAGCACCAUCUGCUGAUCCGCCGACAACUGGGCCCGUCGCAGCGCCAACCACGGGGCAAGACAACGCCGGUCAGACCCUCACGGACCCGGUCGCGGCCAUGCUUCUGGUCGCGGUCAACUCGUUUCAAGCGGCGGCACCUUCAUCGCAUCCGCCAACUACUGUCACCAGCGCUGCGCCGACCAUGCAGCUCCCUGCCGCUGUUGCCACGCCGUCGGACCCAGUCUCGGACAUGCUGAUGGCCGAGGUCAACGCGCUUUCAGCAGCUUCACAAUCCGCUCAACCGCAGACUCACGGCACGCGCACUGCGCCGACCACGGUGAACUUGGGGGAGCCCGUACACCAAGAAGCGGCAAACGAAACGGUUCCAACGGCGGUGCCAACGCAUCACCAGGUCGGCGCGGCGUCCGGACAAGGUGAUUGGGGCGCGGUGGCAGGAGACGAUGGUGCGGGGGAGAUCCCUCUCAUCAUCGAGGACGAGGAUGUGGAAUUGAUACAAGCGGCGAUGGAAGCAGACGAAGUUGGCGCACUUCAGUCUGUGGGAGGUACGUCGGGCAUCAGUGGCGUGGAGGGUCGGCCUGCCGGUGUUACAGCGUCCACCCAGGCCGGGCAGACCGUGCAGCCGGCCCGUUUGGCGUCCACCGGCGUCAGUGUAGCCGGCCAGGCUGUUCCGCCCAUUCAGAGUCAUCCUGCCGGCUUCAUACAGGUGGAUAGGGCCUUCCAGACCGGCCCGACCGGCGUCAGUGGAGCUGACCAGGCUGGUCUGGCGGGACCGUCCACUCGGCCCACCGCCGUUACAGUGGCUACUCAGGUCGUCCAGGCUGUUCCGCCCAUACAGAGUCAUCCUGCCGGCUUCAUACAGGUGGAUAGGGCCUUCCAGACCGGCCCGAGCGGCGUCACUGGUUCUGACCAGGCUGGUCUGGCGGGACAGUCCACUCGGCCCACCGCCGUUACAGUGGCUACUCAGGCCGGCCAGGCCGGGCCUUCGGACAGGUCGGCGGGCGUCACUGUUGCAGACCUGGCGGGUCAGGCGGGGACGUCCACUGUUCUGGCCGGUGGACCAGUGGGUGAACACGCCGACAAGGAUGGACAGACCGAUCGUGCGGCUGGAGUCGGCGAAAAAAAGAAGAAACGGAAGGGUGAAGCCGCCGCGUCGCAGAAGGCCGUCGUUCCGAAAGAUCGCAGGGGGCAUGGUAUUAGGCUGGACAGGACGAGCGGUGGCGGGUGGCAGGGCGAGGUAAACCUGGCUAGAAAGAGUCGCUACACGGGGAGAUCGGACGACAGGAUGGAAGUGGUGUACCUCAACGGCGUUGCGACGACCAUCUUCGACGGACACGCCAGCCAAGUCCCGUUGGCCGAAAUGACCGGCGUUAAAGCCGAAGAAAUGACGCGGUGGAAGGCGGAGUGGGAGGAGGCGAAGGUGAUGCCGAAGGGUAUGUGGACGGUGAUGUGGUCCCGCGGCGCCACCAUGUUUCGUGCACGGUUCCAGAAAGUCCUCGCCAACUUCAAACAGAAGAAGUCAUCAGGGCCCCCGCUGAUGAAAGUGCUGAGGCCGGCGGUGUGGUUCGGCACUGGUUGGGAGCCGGCCAAGCGCAAGCAGCAGCUCAGCGACAUCAUCAACCGCGCUUGCUUGUGCGCGGAGUUUGGGCCAGUCGCGGCAGAUGCCGUCCCCAAAACUGGUGCAGACGCCAAGCGCAUAGGCCAAGCUGUCGCUGCUUCAUCUUGCGCCGUCUGGUGCUUCGCCGAGACCGUGGCCGAGGUCGGCAAUGCGGCGGGUGAAACGAAGGCGGCGGCACUGCUGUGUGAAGCGAGCACCGAUUUUGCUGACACUUGUCACGAUGUCGUGGUUGCGGUGCUAGAAACGGCGGUUGCGAGACAACCCAUCCUGGGAGAGGUCUCGUGCAACGUCACCGACGCACUGCAGAAGGAUGCUCUUCGGAAGGCGUGCAAGGGCUGUGACCCCACACCCGACGCCGAGAUUAUCGCGAGGGCGACUAUCGAGACCCUCGCUUUCUGGGGGUCGUGCAACGCCGGCGGCCCCCUUCUCCGAGCACGCGGCAUUCAAGUGCCGCUGGACAAGCAGAUGGAGAAGGAUAUGGAUAACAGGGGAAAGAAGGGACAGAAGGGGAAGCACGCCGCGUAG